AUAAUAUAUAUAUAUAUAUAAGUAAAUAGCCGGCAAAGGAUUAACCAAAUUGAGUUCGCUAUGAAUUUCGAAGAUCAUAAAAUUCUUGUGAUAUCAGUUAAUCUUGUGGUGAUCGUAUUUAUUAUUUAUACAGUAAUCAUUUUGUCUCAGGCGUAUGUAAUAUAACAAUACAAAUACUCAAACUGCAGCUACAAAUUUCUUACGAAGUUUAUUUACGACAGUGCACACCAACGAACUGGCCGUUUUGAGCGAAAUGUAUCAAAUUACGAAUAUAGUACUUGUGAGAUUUUUAAUAUUAUUCACCAGUUUUCUCGCUUUCCGAAACGUGUUUGUAGCAGCCGAUCCCAAUAUAAUAUCGAAAUCGCAAUGGAAUGGCGCUGAGGCGGUCAAUGAGCUCACACGACAAUCUUUGCCAGUUGGACGGGUAAUUAUUCUACACACAGCCGGUGUCGAAUGCCAAAAUGCGGACAGCUGCUCUCAGCAAGUUCGCAACAUUCAAAAUUAUCAUCUGCGGAGCUUGCAUUUCGAUGAUAUCGCCUACAAUUUUCUCAUCGGCAAUGAUGGCAGCAUUUACGAGGGACGUGGUUGGGAAUUUGUCAGCGCGGCUGUUAAAAAUUAUAAUGUUGGCAGCUUGAGUGUAGCUUUUAUUGGCACAUUCGAGAGUAGUGCACCCAGCACAGAAGCCUUAGAGGCCGCCCAGGCACUAUUCGAUACGGGUGUGCGUACGGGAAAAUUAACUGAGGAUUAUAAACUUUUUGGACAUCGCCAAUUGUCAACAACUUCAAGUCCAGGCGCGACCUUAUAUGAGAUUAUCAAGCAAUGGCCACAUUGGAGUCGUACUGUUAGUUGAAAAAAAAUAAUAGUUUUUUGAUCGCAUAUCGGAAUCAACAUUGCGAAAGGUUUUAAAUGAAAUUUUUAAUAUUUUAAUAAUAAUAAAAGGCUUAUUUGCUUUGAAAA